CCUCAAAGAAAAAAGAUCAGAAAGAUCAAUGAACUGAAAAUAAAGAUCAUUUCCUUGUUUUUCUUUUGCAAAGAUAGUCCAUUGAGUUUAAGAAUCUGCAAAAAUAAUUCCAAAAUCUCUGUUAAAAGUUCUUUGGAGUUUCUUCUGAGAAAUGUUCAAAAGCACGCGAGCUAUUUGCAGCCGUCAACCUUUUAAUUUGAUCAGAGUUGCUGGUAUGAGUCAACUGGGAGAUUUGGGUAGUGGUGCUGGAAAAGGUGGUGGUGGCGGUGGGAGUAUCCGGGAAGCUGGAGGAUCAAUGGGACGAAUGGAAGCUGCCAAGGAGGAAGAAUAUUUCUACCGAAAACAACAAGAACAGCUGAAAAAAUUCAAAGAAACUCAAACAAAAGAUGAAGGAGUUCGUGAUGGUAUUUCUGGAAAAAAUCCUAAAUAGAAGCCAGCCGGAAAAAUAAAAUUACAAAUAAAAAUUUCACAAAUUGAGGUUAUGUUUGAAGCGCGCCAAAUAAAAUUGCGGAGAAGCACAUUAGAGCCACCAGAGGACUCUGGUGUGAUGAUCAUAAAUCAAAAUAUGGAAAUUUUUUAACUUUCGUCGCUUUUUCCACUUUGCUUCAUUUUCUUCAUUUAAUUCGCAACUUCAGUGCCACACACAAUUGCUAGAAGAUGCCCCGUAACCGGAAGGCCACACAGAGUCAG